AUGAGCUUAAAGCCUACAAGUGAACAAAUCAAUUAUCUUAUACUUCGUUAUUUUCGACUUGAGCUUUCAACUUCUGCUUUUCAAGCUGAAAGUCAUCCAGAAAGAGCGGGAAUCAAAUAUGAAGAUGUCGAACCUGGAGCAUUAGUUAACAUUGUACAUCGAGGUUUACAAUAUUGUGAUUUACAAGACGGUGCAUCAGCAGAAUGUAUUGCACCUUUACAAUUAAUCGGAUCGCAUCAAUCAAACUCUUCAUCAACGUCAAUGCCAAAUCCAAUUAAAUCAAGCUCAACAACUGCAAUAGCUGCUGUUAGAUCAAUAACUCCAAUUAAUAAUGUUGAAGCAGUAAAAGUAACAGAUGAUGAUGAUGGCGAACCUUUAAGCGAGAUUGGUGAUAAUCAGUCAUCCGAGGAAGAAGGAGAGCUUAUAAGUGGUGGUGAGGAACAUGAAGAUAAUUAUUCAACUUCGCCGAAUCGAUCGCAAGAAGUCAGUAAUGAAAAACCUGAACAUAAAAGAUUGAAACAAAAAUCAUCUAAAAAAAUACAAAAAAUACCUAUAAAAGAUUCAAUAUUAUUGGAAGGCCAUAAAGGGCCAGUUUCACUAUGUUUAGAUGGAAAAUUAGAAAUAUGGAGUAUAUCUGAUAGUCAAGAAACACUUUCUAAGCCAGUAGCUAUAGAAAACAAUUUCUUUGAUAAUCCUACAGAACAUUAUAUUUGUGCACUGAACUGGAAUCCUAAUGGAAAACUUAUUUCAACUUCAUACUUUAAUGGUUUAUCAAGUACAUUUACAAUUCAUGGUUUAUUAAGAACAAACCUUGAAUUUUAUUCUUUAUGUUUUAUAAUAUUGAAAUGGAAUCCCAAAGGAAAUUAUAUACUUACUGGGUGUGAAGAUGGAAAUAUUAUCUUAUGGGAUCCACUUGGAAAUGCAGUAAGGUUAUAUGAAAUGCAUAAUGAUCGAGUGACAUCUAUUGAUUGGAAAUCUGAUGGAAUUUUUGCUACUUCGUCAAAAGACGCGAAAAUAUUUAUUUGUGAUGUCAACCAAUCUAAGCCACUUAAGAACUAUGUUGGUUAUCAUGAAGAUAAAGUUAAUGAAAUUUCAUGGAAUCCCACUAAAAAGUAUUUAGCAUCUUGCUCUGAUGAUUGUACAGUUAAGUUAUGGGUUGAAAAUAAAAAAGAGCCAAUUCAAACCAUUGAACAUGAUGCAAAAGUUGAAAGUAUUAGUUGGUGUCCAAUACAACAACAAUCAGAUGAAAUGAAUCAUAUUCUUGCAACAUAUUCCGCUGAUCAUAAAAUAAAGAUUUGGAAUGCUAUGAAGAAUGAGUGUUUACAUAUAUUUAGAACUAAUAAUGGACUUAUAAGUUCAUUUGAUUUUCAUCCUAAUGGACAAAUUAUUUCCGCUGGAUCAAAUGAUAAUAAAUUAUUUAUUUAUAAUGUUGAAUCUGGAGAGAUUGUGAAGGCUUUUGGAGUUGAUGAAAAAAUUCUUUGUAUUAAAUGGAAUAUUACCGGAAGUCUGUUGUCUUUAUCAUUAAAUAAUGGAAAUAUCAUAAUAUUAAAAACCAAAGCUCUAAUGGAAUAA